UCGACCCGAUAGCAUUCUAUCGCUGUCAGCUGUUAUCAGGUACCGCGUGUUUUUGUGUGUUUUCUUGUUUUAGAUUCUGAAAUUAACUCCAAAAUGAGUGACGAUGAAGAGCAAUACAAUCCAAAGUCGCACAAAAAGCUAUUGCAAGCAAUCAGCAACCUUGGCAAUGUACAGCACAUACGAAAAUCCACACGCGACGAGCGCCAGCAGCAACAGGAUGAAUUUCAGUUAGUGAAGCGCAACAACAACAACGCGGAGCAUGCUCCACGAGCAGUUGGCGUCAAUGAUUUGGUGCAGAUAUUGCGCAGCUCCAAGCACAUUGCCACCGGUAAGAAACUGAAAAAUUUACAUAGCUCGAAGAAGGUGCUGGAGAAGCCUUUGGAAAAGCCGGCAGCUGAUCGCAUCAAGCGUAAAAUUGGCUAUGAAGGUGUGAAGAAAAAACUUGGUCGUUGGGAUGCCAUCGUGUCCAAGCAACGUGCAGCGGAAACACAGAUAUUUCCCAUACCAUCGGAUACAAUUUACAUUAAUACGGCUGCUCAUGUGAAAAAUCUAAAAGGCCGUGUCAAAUCGGAUUUGGCUAAAGAGCUAGAGGCCAGUGAUCAAAAGCUGAAAGAGUUACGCAAAGCCCAGAUAGGCGACACCACGGACGAGAAAGAGCUGGCCAAGAAAGAGCGGGAAUUGCUGGAAAAGAAGUUGACACGUGAUGAACUCUUUGCACGUCGCAAAGAGUUGGCUUAUUUGAAGAUGCGUGAGUCCCAGAAAUCGGCUAAGGCACGUUUGCAGAACAAAAUCAAGUCGAAGAAGUAUCACAAGCUGCAGAAGCGACAGAAGAUUUUGGAGCAAAUCAAGGAAUUCGAAGUGCUUCAAAAAACAAAUCCAGAGGCAGCACUCGAAAAGCUAAAUGCGUUAGAGAAGAGUCGUGUGAUAGAGCGCGCUAGUCUGCGGCAUAAAAACACCGGCACGUGGGCCAAAAAUCUGCAAGUGCGUGCUAAGUACGAUAAGGAUGUUCGCAAGGAUCUGGCAGAACAAUUGGCAGUGAGUCGUCAGCUUACCGAGAAGAAAAUUGAGUCGGAGAGUGAAGAUGAGCAGGAGAUGAAAGUGGAAACUGAUGCGCCAGUGCCCACCGAUCCAUUCAAUCCUUGGACAAAAGGCAAGGCAGCACAAAAAACUGCUGAAAGCCAAGCGGACGAGGAUCCCAACUGGCGAAAGUAUUGGACUGAACGUAAUGCAAAUGAAAAACUUCUUGCCGAACAUCAGGCGGACCUGGAAGCUGUUAAGGAAGAGAAAGAGCAGGAGAAGAAGACCUCAAAAGCGCCCAAAAAGAAGCCACUUAAAAAGAAAAAAGCCAAUGUUACUGUGGAAAAUGGCUGGGUAGUUGAGGAAGUAGAUGCAACACCUAAAGCUGAGACAAUUGAUGAUAUUUUUGAGCAGCAUGACGAAGAUGUGCGUCAAAAGUUGAGUAAAAAACUGGAAAAGCUGAAGAAACAAGCGGAAAUACUGAAGCAGCCAAAAAUGAAGGCAAAACCGACAAAGAAGAAACGAGAUGAAUUAAAAAAUCUCAAGGAUUUGGCUUUUAAGAAAACCAAGCAGCGCAUCGAAAUCGAUGAACCGCUCAAUCACGAGGAGGAGCAAUCCCAGUCGACUCUGGAUGUGGUUAAUAAACUAACGACGACGGAGGAGACUGCAGCAGAGCCAUCAGCCGAUAGUGCAAUUGAUCCGAAUAAAGUCACAACAAUAACGUUGAAGCAGAGAAUGCGCGACUCGGAUGCCAUUAACGAUGCUUUGGCGGAAGAUGAUGAAGCUGACUAUGAUGAGAGUGAUGCUGCGGCAGAGCGUCAAUUGACCAUCAGUCAGGCGUUUGAGGAUGAUGAUAUUAUUGCUGAUUUUAACAAGGAUAAAACGAAAGACUCCGAGAUAAAGAACGCAGAGAUACAAUUAGCUAUGCCCGGUUGGGGUUCGUGGGCAGGCGCAGGCAUAUCGCAAGAGGUGCUAAAUAGACGCAACAAGCGACUGUUGCUCAAAUUGGCGGCACCGGAAAAGCGACGCGAUGAGAACAAGGAUAAUCUGUAUAUUAACGAGACGACCAACAAACAGGCGCGUGCACAUAUGGUCUCCAGCAUACCGUUCCCCUUCAAAUCCCUGGCGGAUUAUGAGGCCAGCAUUCGUGCACCGAUUGGGCGUAAUUUUGUGCCGGAAACGGCAUUCCGCAUGAUGACACGUCCGGCUGUUAUCACGCGCAAGGGUCAAGUUAUUGAGCCAAUGAGCGAAAGUGAAUUGGUGAAACCUGAUCGACGAUUGCGUCAUGUGGUGGACAGAAGGAUACAACGGUUGCCACUUCACCAGAAGGCUAAGAUAGCAUAGAUUUAAAUACAGAAGUAAAAUUAUAUUAAUAUGAAUUAAAAUGAAACCAUUUUUAUGAAACAAAACA